GUUACAAAAUGGUAGACAGUCAAUCAUUACGACGUUUCGUAUUUCAUUUCCUCAGACAAGAUGGUGUUUUCUUAUUACGCAUGGUUGCGACACAUGCUGGAGAGUUACCGUGUUAUGAACUUGCCAAAACUUUAUGGAAUAAAUAUUGUGAUAAUAAGGAAGGAAAAAUGCAUGAUGUGUAG